GAAGUACGCAAGGAAGUACAACCUGACCUCCCAGUACGACGAGAACCUAGCACAAGUCAGGAGCUGGAUUCGUCAGCGUCAUGUCGUGCACGACCUGGACCGACAGCUGUGGAGGUGGCCGCUUUGCCCAGACGGCAUGCACUGGGAUGCUGAAGUGGAGGAGGAGCUCUGUGACACCUGGACGGAGCUCCUCAGCCCGCGCC